UUUGCUGUCUGCUUCUUAUUCAGAAAUCAGAUACAUUCCUCCAAUCAAUCAUUGGAUUGGAGAAAUAUUGAUGUCGCGGAAAACCACUAUUUUUAAUUUCUGAUUGUUUUUGAAAUGUCACAAAUUCAAACCAUGAAAAAAACAGUUAAUCAACUUCGUCAAGAAGCGAAUAUACAGCGGAUACCGGUGUCUCAAGCAUGCGAUGACUUAAUGAAAUAUUGUACCGAACAUCAGAAAACAGAUGUGCUUGUGUCUGGAAUGAGUCCAUCUGAAAACCCUUAUAGAGAUAUCAAAGGAUGUGUUAUUAUAUGGAUGUUGAAAAAGUACUCAAUCUUGUAAAUGAUCGGGCUCUGCUGAAGUAUUCUGAAAUGGUCUGAUGGAUAACAGCUCAACAAAUUGAAUUCUUUAUUUCACUUUAUAAUUAUUUCACACUAAAUCAUGAAACAAUGAAAAACAAUUCAUUAUAUUUGCAAUUCUUUUUAAAUUUUUAUGUUCAGAGUUACAUUUAUAAUGCAUUGGCUAUUUAAUGCAAAAUUUAUUAAUUCAUGGUAUUAUUAUUUUUAACUUAUUAUAUUUUAAAUGAAAUAUCAUUAUGUUGAUAUUUUGCUUGUUAUCAAAAAAAUUUUGGUUACUGAUUUCUACCACUAAAUUUACAUAAAAAUUGCUGUCUAAAAAAAAAUUAGCACUUUUAAGCACAAGAAGGAAAUUUUCUUUUGAUAAUGUAGCUGUUUCUCUUUUGAUAUAUAUUUACAAACACCUCCUUACUUGAGCUACUUCAUUUCCAGAGUAGUAUUUGAUGUUAUGAAUGUAUAAGCAUGAUACAAAUUUGUAGUACCUUGUUGUCAUGGAUAUUUAGUUUUGCUUCAUUGAAUAGUUCGAUGUUUAUUGUGCAAUGUGCUUUGGUGUGUCCAAACUGUUGUUCGAAUUAAUAUUAGAUUUAUGUUGUUAUCAUGUAGAUUUUAUAAGUGUUUUCACAUCUUGCAACAAAAGCACUUUUAAAAAGUCCUUCGAACAAAUAUCAUGCUGCAUUCAUUUUAUUCUCAUUGAUUUUAAUAGAUCUGUCGCUCUUUGUGUUCUAAUACAGUGUUCGCUCUUUCUGUAGCACAUUCCAUUUUUCUACAUACUAUAUACAUAAGCUUUUUGUCAAUAUUUAUACACUUACGCCACAACCAUCAUUUCUUUUCUUUAUGUCUCAAACAUGUAAUCAUUAACAUUUGUGUACCCUCUGUUGAAAAUAAAUGUUUCUGGAGUCAUA